UGUUACACAGUGUGCACGCGGUGCGCGCUCAAGUGCGCGUGUGUGUCUAUGCUUGUGUGUUGUGCCGUGCACAGCAAAAUAGUCGAAAUUCGCCGAAAGGUGAGUGUGUGCGCGGCUCGCUCCGCAGUAUAAAACGUACGUAGGUGCAGCGAGAGGAGAGGAAAAAAAAGCUUCAUAAUCAUCAUGAUAAUGGGUUAGCGCGCAGCUCUCCGAGGAAGAAGGCAAAAAAAACCUCCAAGGCGGAAAAAAUCUGUCAUAAAAGCGGGCGCGCGACGACUACUUCACGAUAUUGCGCAACUUCACGACAUGUUUACUCGGUGGUUUUCGACUUGAUUGCCUCGUGUCAUCAGCCGUUUGCGCAUGAGCUUUUAUAAGGACACGCAAACAUUCAAAGAAAUAUUCAAGAGAAAUUCCAUCGUUCGCUACCCAAAGCUCGCAGUCUAAGAUGGCGAGGAUCUGCCUCGGACUGUUGGUUUUGGCCUUAAUCGUCGUAGUCAGCAGAGCCACCAAAGUCACACAUUGCGAAAGCAACGAGCCGCUGAAGGACGACACGGUGCAGAUCGCCGAUUGCGAGGAUCCGCCGUGCCAGCUGAAAAAGGGCACGGACGUGAACAUUCUGUACAGAUUUACGCCGGAACAAGACGUGCACAGCCUAAAGCUGUCCGUCCAGGCGUCCAUGCUGUUCGGCAUCACGCUGCCGUUCAUCGGCGUCGACGGAUCCGACAUCUGUGAUAAAAUUUACCUAGCCAGCGAGACGGAUCAGAAGGUCGCUUGUCCGCUCGCCCAGGGAGUCGACUACAUCUACAAGGACUCUUUCCCAAUCAAAAGCUACUACCCAUCGAUAUCGACGACGGUCUACUGGGCGCUCAUGAACGACUGGACGUCAGUCACGUGCUUCCAAGUACCGGCCGAAAUCGUCUCCUCGUCGUCUUAGUUGUUCCCCCCGACCAUCGAACUUUUACUUGUUAAUUAGCGUAAUUUAUUUUACACGUUUAAUACUACUAGAGCAUGCGUAAUCGUAUAAUUAAAAUCUCUGUCGUUGUUUAUCGUUAAAACUUUUGUAUAUAAAUGCAUUUGCAGAGUCUAAUAACAAAAAAAGAUGAAAUUUCAAA